AUGGCGCUAUACGGGACGUCUGAUGCCUUGAUGUGCAGGGCGUUCCCGACAACCCUGCGAGGCCUAGCCCGAGCGUGGUACAGCAAUCUGAAGACCGCGACCAUCGCCUCUUUCGACCAGUUGGCCAGGGACUUCGAGCUUAACUUCCUGGCUCACACCAAGCCGAAGCCGUCAGUGGCAAUGCUCCUCGGGCUCAACCAGAGGGAGGACGAGCCCCUUUCUCACUUUGUGAACCGCUUCACCACACAAAUUCGCGGGCUGUCUGAUGCUCACCCUUCUUUGAUGAUGCAGGCAUUCAUGAUGGGCCUGCGCCCUACCCGAUUCUUUUGGUCUCUGGUGGAGCGACCCCCCACUUCGGUACCCGAAAUGUUGCAGCGCGCGAACCAGUUCAACGCUGUUGAAGCAUGGAUGGUCGGGAGGCGCGACGAGCGCAAGAGGGUCAAGCCAAAGCAGUCCCAGCAACAACAGCCCGCUACCUCCCUGCGUAGGGCUGGCGGCCUCAACGAGGCGGUGCCUAGGUCCCCUCCCCCGGGCCUGAACUCCUCUCGGACCGAAAUAUUUCUCCACAUUAAGGAGAAAGGCCUUCUCAAAGACCCCCACCCGAUGAGGAGCCCGCGCGAACUCACGGACCGCUCUAAAUACUGCCGUUUCCACCGACAGCCCGGUCACGACACCGAGGAGUGUCGAGAAUUAAAAAGGCAAAUUGAGGAGCUCAUCCGCCGAGGGCACCUCGGCUCAUACCUCCGGCCAGAUAAGGAGCUCUCGCCACGCCCGGAGGGGCUCAACGAGUGGCACAUAGAUGUCAUAACCGGCGGGCCAGCGUCCGGAGGGAACUCCAUGGCGAGCGGAAAGGCAUACGCCAGGGCCUCCCGAGCCGAAGCUUCCAAACAUGAGAAAGGCCCCGAAGUCACCUUCCCGACCGGGGAACCCGAGCCAACCGAACAUGACGACGUGUUGGUGAUAUCUACCAGAAUCGCCAAUGCGCAAGUAAGAAGGAUCAUGGUCGACACUGGAAGCUCGGCCGAUAUACUUUAUUGGGACGCCUUCCAAAAGCUCGGCCUGGUAAAGGAGAACAUGAAGCUGGUAUGCUCAAUGCUCACGGGGUUCACCGGCGCCUCGAUCUCGUCACUUGGGGUUGUCACCCUGCCCCUAACUUUGGGAGUUUUCCCGAGGGCAAAAACAGUGAUGACCCCCUUUCUAGUGGUCGACCUCCCCACGGCAUACAACGCCAUCCUCGGACGGCCAACCCUCAACAAGAUCCGAGCCAUCAUCUCAACUUACUACCAAACCAUCAAGUUCCCGACCCGCGAUGGGGUCGGAGAAGUAGCGGGCAACCCCCGGGAGUUCAGGCAUUGCUACUUAACCGCUGUGUCGCUAAACAAGAGAGCAAGGGUCCAAUCCCCGCUGGAGGACCCCCGGGAGGGAAAGAAACCGACCCCCCGCCCCGAGCCGAAGGAAUCCACCAUCGACUUGCCGCUGAUCAAAGACAGGCCCAACCAAACAGUCAAAAUCGGGUCAGGACUGCCCGACCAGGAGCAACAGCAGCUCAUCGGCCUUCUGCAAGCCAACGCCGACAUCUUCGCUUGGACGCCAUCUGACCUGGUGGGAGUCCACCCGGAAGUCGCGCAACACCACCUAAACAUCUCGUCCGAUGCCCGACCGGUAAAACAAAGGCCCAGGCGGCAGGCCCCAGAUCGGCAACUUGUCGUCCGAGAAGAGGUAAGCCGACUUCUGGCGGCCGGUUUCAUAGCAGAGGCCAGGUACCCACAAUGGCUCUCCAAUGUAGUCCUUGUCAAAAAGCCUAAUGGAAGCUAG